CGUUACUCGGGGAUGUAGGUGGCGGUGGUCAGCCAUAUUGUCUCUGAUACAGCAGAAAUCACACACUGGCACAGACGCACCGGCGACGGAGGGAGGCGAGGACAGUUGGCUUGACGAAACUCAGCUUAUUGGGAAGCAUUUCGGUCGACGAAUUGAUCAAGGGGCUAUCCCACCGUGCCCCUGGUGGCCCCUCCCCCCGUCCUCAGGCAAAGCCCCCCCCAAACCCUCCUGCCCUGUUGGAACAACCCCCCUCACCCCCUACCUUCCCUCCUCUUCCUUCCUCCCUCCCUCCCUCCCACCCAUCCUCCCUGUACUCCAACCGUCCUCUGCUGCAGUAAAAUCUCCCCACCAUCUCUGCCAAGCUGUCGGACAUGUCAGGACCCGUGCCGAGCCGGGCCCGAGUGUACGCAGAGGUCAACACUCACCGGCCCAGGGAGUACUGGGACUAUGAGUCCCACGUGGUUGAAUGGGGAAACCAGGAUGACUUUCAGUUGGUGCGGAAGCUAGGGCGUGGCAAAUACAGUGAAGUGUUUGAGGCAAUCAACAUCACCAAUAAUGAGAAGGUGGUGGUGAAGAUACUCAAGCCCGUGAAGAAAAAGAAAAUCAAGCGUGAGAUCAAGAUUUUGGAGAACCUACGUGGAGGUCCUAACAUAAUCUCCCUCAUCGAUAUUGUGAAAGACCCUGUACGUGAUGAGCCCACCAGCUGUGCAAGCUUAUCGAUUUCACUUGGGCUUGGGAAGUAUGUAUCUUCCCGGACCCCCGCCUUGGUCUUUGAACAUGUUAACAACACAGACUUCAAGCAACUGUACCAGACCCUGACAGACUAUGACAUCAGGUUCUACAUGUACGAGAUCCUCAAGGCCCUGGACUACUGCCACAGCAUGGGAAUCAUGCAUAGAGAUGUGAAGCCACAUAACGUGAUGAUUGAUCAUGAACACCGCAAGUUGCGCCUUAUAGACUGGGGUCUGGCUGAGUUUUACCACCCUGGACAGGAGUACAACGUCAGAGUCGCCUCUCGCUACUUUAAAGGACCUGAGCUCCUGGUGGACUAUCAGAUGUAUGACUACAGUCUGGAUAUGUGGAGCUUAGGCUGUAUGUUGGCGAGCAUGAUCUUCAGGAAGGAGCCCUUCUUCCAUGGCCAUGACAACUAUGACCAGUUGGUGAGAAUAGCCAAGGUUCUGGGGACUGAAGACCUCUACGACUACAUUGACAAGUACAAUAUUGAGCUGGAACCUCGCUUCAAUGACAUUCUGGGAAGGCAUUCUCGUAAGCGGUGGGAGCGCUUUGUCCACAGUGAGAACCAGCACCUGGUCAGCCCAGAGGCUCUGGAUUUCCUAGACAAGCUGCUGCGCUACGAUCACCAGGCCCGGCUGACUGCCCGUGAGGCCAUGGAUCACCCAUACUUCUUUCCCAUUGUGAAAGAUCAGUCUCGCGUGGCUGGAUCAGCCAACCUGCCCAGUGGGAACACAGCUGUUAGCACAGCCAGCAUGAUCACUGGUAUCUCUGCCUUGCCAGCCUCUACUGCCCUGGGCCCUCUCACUGGGUCGCCGGUCCUGUCUGCAACCACCAACGCCCUGAGCACCCCGGUGCCCGCUGCUGCUGGUGCCCCACAGUGACACACACACACCCCCCCCACUACUACACAGGUGCCACUCUGCCAGCCCUCACCACAUCCAACCUAACUCAGUGUGACCGCGCCUCACCAGUCUGCUGGCUGGAGGAUGCCAUCGUCUAAGAAAAAUGUUUUUCCAUUCCUUUUCCUCUUCGAACGAACGUGUUAACCUGACAUCUGAAAUGAAUGUUCUGUUAAGCUCUUAAUUGAAAUAUACAGGUAUUCCUUUCAUUUUCCCACAAGCUGUAGUGAAUACAAAGGGGUGUGAUUCGGGGUGUCAACAAGCCCCCCUGUGUGUUUUUUAGUUUGGAUGGUGAAGGCAGUGGUCCAUACGUGCAUCAGCAGAAGGCAAAAGAAAGAUGUUGGCCAUCAGGACCAAAAGGAGCACAUCCUGUAUAGAUUACUACUGCAGCAUCGUCAAAAACAAGACCUGAUGAGAACACUUAAUUAUAAAGUCUAAACAACCUCCAGAUCACAGCAUUUUGGAAGUGUGUGGUGCUGUUCUGUGCUCCAGGUGUAUGUGAACACAAUGACACUUCAACACUUUCUCUGCCUGAGUAGUUUUGUCUUGCCUUUCUUACCAAACCAGAUUACCAGUCUUCUUUUGAUAUGCGAUUCCCCAUCACAUCAUCCGUUAUUUUAUAUUGAAAUGUUCUGGACUGCUGGAUAAGGUUCAUCACCAUCAAGUGGUUUGAUCGACUCUAGUGUUGUACUAUGAUCUCUUAAAAAGCCAGGUAAGGUUCAUUCAGGUUCUCAAAGAAAUUAUUUCUCUAACGUGCUGCUUUCCAGUUCCUUGAAUUACUUCAAGUGGCUUUUCUUGAAUUACUUCAAGACAUAACCAAAGUUUACUCAGUUGGUUGGAAGAAGAGACUGACCAAACCUAGUUUUGUUUUGUGGGAGCUACUCAUGGAGAUGCUGUAAUGCAGGUUGACAAUGUGGGUUCUAGUGAAAAAGAUACAUGAUUCAAUAAUCAUCUGCAGGUGACUGAAGUGCUGUUAGUGUGGGAGGAAAGUUCAGUUCUGUUAAGUGUAGUGACAUGGGUAAGCUUUUUGAUGAGUAUUACAAUUUACUGGCUUUCACCAACGUGUUGAGCAAAGUGUUGAAGUUGAAAUGUUGAAUAGCACUUGAAGGGUAGAGUUUUCCUCAGUGUUUUAGUGCCAGAGUUUGAAAGUGUAAGUUUUAGACCCUGCUGUACAUAUGCAUCUUUUUUUUUUGUUUUUUUCAUUUUCAAAACCUGAAAAUGCAAAUAAAUCAGAACAUGUAUACAUUGACCUGAGAACGGAGCAGUUUGAGUCCCUACAUCACUGUAUAUAUUUUUAUGUUAUGUAGAAGACUAGUAUUUGAGAAUAUUUGUGUAAAUAAACACGUGUUUUAUUUAUCAGGUA